AUGCCGGCCGCGCCGCGGCGAGGGGCUGCGGCGUUGUUGCGACCUGAACCCUUGAGGACUGCGGAGUUUGGGACUGUGGCCGCUGCAACACCAAUAGUCUUCGAUUCCCUGCAGAGCACCUUGGAAUGCGACGGCCUUUCCCUGGGCCGUGGCACCUGGGCGGAGGCCUAUCGCCGCAGCGCGCCGGGCACGCGCCGGCGCCAGGCCUUGAAGAUGCUCUGCACCCUGGGCAUCGUCACCGAAAAGGAGUUGGCUGAUGAUUUAACGGUCAUCAGUGAUGAGCACAUUGAAGAGUGCGUCUCCAUUGCCAUGCUGAUGCUGGAGAAAUGGCCGCCUUCGCACGGCUUGCCACCGGUGCAUCAGGCGAAGGACGGAGGGAACACGGCGGCCACGGAGUUCUUUCAGGCCCAGCUAGAGGCGAUGUACCGAGACAAAGUUCCAUCACCAUGUCAUGGCUGA